AUGGUUGCCUCACUUGAAGUGGAUGCAAAUCCUGAAUUCAAAACGAAAUUAAGCAAAUUGAUUUUAGAAAGUUCCGGAAAACAACCGAUUUAUUUAACUAAAGUUGAAGUUAAUGGAGGUGAACAAUUUUCAAAUAAUUUCUUUGAAAAAUUAUUAGCACCAAUUCUUAAAUCUGGUGAUUUUACAUUGGAAGAUUUAAUUGCCAAAAUUGGUGAUUCAAAAGAUAAAUUGAAAAGAACCGAAGUGUUCAAAGAUGUUGAAGUAUCUUUACAACCAGAUAAUUACACAUUAAUCCCAUCUAAAAUCAAGAAUUAUAAUUCAGAAAAAUCCAUUCCAACCAAAGCUGUUUUCAAUUUGAAACAACACAUUUUGAACAUAAAUGAAAGUUUUUUCAAUUUUAACAAUGAAGAGUACUUAAAUUUGAAAUUGAAUCAUUUUAAUAAGAAUUUCAAUGAAAAUGCCGAAUCUGUUGCUGUGGGUGUUGAUUAUAAUCCAUAUAAACCAUUUGAUCAUUUGAUCGCUAAUUGUAGACUUGUAUCUAGUUUGAAGAAUCCAAGUUUUAAAUUUUUAAUGGAUUUCAAUUAUGGUCAAGAAAACAAUGAAAUUUGGCAAGGUACUAAACAAGAAAUCUUGGGAGGUAAAAUUGGUAUAUUAUUUAAUCAUUUAAAAAGUGUUCAAGUAUUCACUGGAUUUGAACUUUUUAAACGUAAUUUACACAAUUUGGACGAUUCUAAUCCAGAUGGAUUUAAAUUCUUUGAUGGUGAAUUUUUGAAAACUUCUAUUGUUAAUCAAAUCAACUAUACUAAGUAUGAAUAUUUGAAUGAAGUUACUAAAAAUUUCCCAACUAAAGGUUAUGAAGUAUCUUUGAAAUCACAAUUAGCAUCUAAUCAAGAACAAUCUAAUGCUGGUAAUCGUGGUGAAUUUUUCAAAACUGAUUUCGGUGUUAAAUUCCAUCAAUCUUUAUUCAGAAAUUUUUUCACAGCUAAAUUGCAAGCUAAUGUUGGUGGAAUUUAUUCUUUUAAUUCAAAAUUCCCAAUCCAUCCCUCUGAUAAAUUCUACUUGGGUGGAUAUAAUUCAUUCCCAGGAUUUACCAAAAAUAGUGUUGACCUAACAGGAGGAGAUCAAUAUUAUAAAGUUCAAGGUACUUUAUAUUCCAAAAUUCCUUCAUUUUUCUAUACUCCAUCUAAAAACUCACAUGAAGAUAAUCCAUUGAGAAUCUAUGGUACUGGUAUUAUUGGUAAUAUUGUCAACACAUCAUCAAAUAAAACUAUUAUUGAUGAUGAAAAUGGUGUUGUCAGUUAUGGUGUUGGUUUAAGAUAUUUCAAUAACUGGGCUAAUUUUGAUAUUGGUUAUUAUAUAAGUAGAAGAUUUGGUGGUGAUAACAGCAACACCAAUGGAAUUAAAGAUGGAUUACAAUUUUCUGUAUCAAUUGGCGGUUCAAACCGUUUUUAG